CGUCUUUGAAAAAGGGCUUUUACGAGCGAUUAGAGCAUCAUCACGUAGCCACCCCUCAGACUAUACCCCAUUUUGAUAGCCAUGCCAAGCUUAUAGAGCUCCGCGAAGCCAUUGCACCGUGGUGGAUUACUGAAAACACCAGCCCUGAAGACAAAGAAGCAUGUCUACAGGGACUAAACGCUGCUCUUGAGGCGGUGAAGGCGAUGCCAAGAUUUCAAUGACAAUAAACGUAACGAUUUCCUGAGUUUAAAUUGUUUACUUUCAAAAAUAGGCCGUCGAUUGGGGAAAAAUUCAAGCUCGAGCCCUUUUUUUUUUAUUACCCUCUCCUCGUUUUGUGCAAAUGAGGUUGUUUGCCGACAACAAGUCGACAAAACUUCAAAAGAAAUUGCAACAGGAGGAGCAAUUACUGUUUGCCCAAGAGCAAGCUAGAAAGCGUGCCCAGAUUGAGGAAGAUGAGAAACUUGCCAAAGAGUUACAGGCGCAAGAGAGCAGAUCCAGCAGACAAUCGUCAACAGGAUCAGCUUCACCGCCGCCAUUGCCUGCGAGACCUCCAAAACCUUUAGCCUAUCAUCCCGAGUAUCUACCACGAGUAAAGUCAGACCCGGCAGUAACUACCCCCACUACACAUAAAACCAUGCCUUUCGGUCGAAUAAGGACGACAUCUACCCCUACAGUAGUCGAUAUAAGCACUUUUCCACCACGGUCUCCAGCUAGAUCAUCACCAACGGGUCCACAGCCUAACAGCAGCGGCAGAUCGUCUCCUCCAUCAUACCCACCUACCAUCUCCCCUUCUCCUCCCCCAACGCGACCAACAAGUACUCAGGUAUACCAAAGUAUCAGUACCAUACCACCGAAACCUCCAGCGUCAGCGCCUCCUACCUACCCGAGACGCGACCCUGUGAUGUUCAUCGUCCCUACCCCUCAUUCAAAUACCGCCCCGGCACUUCCUCCUGCACCCCGACCGGAGCCGAUGUCAUUGCCUCCAUCCAACAGCCAUUAUCUUUCUAGUCCUCCUCAGAACUCUUACUCGAACGAUGCAUACAAUGAAUAUCAGGAUUUCUCUCCUUCCCAGCAAGAAUACUAUCAUUAUCAACCACUACAAGCGAAUCAACAAGAGAAUAGUUCUUCGUCUUAUACUCCAGUGUAUGCCAAUCAGCAGGAAUGGAAGUACAAUGAAAACAAUCGGCAAAAAGCGCAGCCACAGCUACCGCAAAACGAAUGGGCACACCCAGCUACAGCACAAUCACCACAUAAUGAAUGGGCACACCAAGCUACACCACUAUCUAAGCCUGGCCUCAGCCAAUUUACAGUGGGCAAGCCAGAUGAUGUCCGAGACAAACAAUUGGUUGAAGUCAAGAGAAGCCCAAGCAAGAUACAAACAGUGGCAACUCGCUUGGGUGACUCAGAUAGUGAUUCUGACGACUAUUCUGAUUUUGUGAUUCGUGUUGGUCCCAUGGCCCACAAGAAGAUGGUAGAGGAGAAGUCGAGUGUGGAACCUGUUCGAUCGGAAAAGAGUCAAGAUGAAGCGCCGAGCAGCCAGUCUAAAGAACAAGAAGAUCAACCGAUUGACCUUGUAGACCCUUUUGCUGAUACAAAUGCUAUCGAGAAGGACAGCGAAUCACCCAAUGUUGUUGUGAACGAAGGUUCUUCAUAUUUUACGUCCAAGGCUGUACAUCCAGCAGAUCAAGGCGAAUUUAAUCCAUCCGGCGCAAAUAAUGAGCCAAGGCCCAGCCUUAGUGUUGCCGCUGACAUACAGCGACCCGAAUCGGCAGCCAACUUUCGUCAAAUGCAAGCGCGCCUCAACGCUCUUCUCAACGGCAAUCCCGAUCAAUCCAAGACUAUCCACGAAUCCCCGGAUGAAAGCAUCAAAAUUGAAAACGAGGAUGAAGCGGCAGAGCCAGAUGAAAAGGUGGAGAUGGCUCAUGAGGUUACUGUCGCUAGCGUCAAUACCCCGGCUCUGUAUCAUUCGCCUUUACAUCAUCGUUCGAAAUCAACUCCCCCUGAACAAUUCUCUCCUAUGACGCGAACUCCACAACCCUAUACGCGUACCACACAACCUCCCAAGCUUUUGCGGCCGCCCAUUCCGAUGACGCCGAAACCUAUCCCCAGCAGGAGUAAGAGUGUCCCGGAAUCGCCUACCACUGACGCUCGUAGAAACACCAUUGCCGAGCCACCCUUGUAUCCGCCUACCAUCACUCCAAGCUUACCACCUGCUAUGCUUCAAGGAGACGUCCUUGCUGGAAUUCCGCACAAUGAAUUUGGAUUUUACCGUGUCGAUACACCUGUACCAGGAACUCAGGUUUUGGAACGAAAAGCCUUACCACAAACACCACCUAAUUUACCUAAAGAAAAAUCAGAGAAUAGGCACAUCACGUGCAAGCUACCUAAGCAUUUCACAGCUGGCCAUCGUGUGUGGAUAGCCAUCAAGCCUAGCGAUACAGGCAAGACGUUGGCCCAUAGAAUUCAUGUCGUAGCCACGUUACGGACUAUGAAAAUUACAGGUAUAAAAACCGCUGCCGGUCGAGAGGUUCCCCUCGAUAACACGCCUGUUUUUCCCACUUGGCAAGAAAUUGAAACCUUUCAUGAUGGCGAGCUAUGGACAUUUGAAACCGGAGGCGAGCCAGAGAAUAUCUUGAUCCAAGGAGGUAAAGACUGGUUCAAGCAAAUCGUCACUAAUAUGCGCGACUAGUGUUGCGUAGGAAAGAACCACUGGCUACAUCUUGUUGCUAAAAAAAACCCCCACUUGUAAUUUUCUCUCUAUUUAAGCUUGUAAUUUUCAACUGAGCUCCAUGUAUAAAAAAUCAAUCGGAUUUGCAAUACAGCAACCUUUCGUCUUUAUUGAUUGUACAGUGCCUCAUUUUCAGCCCUCAUUCUCAGCCAUAGGAAAUGGAUAUGGAGCAGGAUGUAGAGACACCCUGAGCUAAAGUUACUUUGUACAUUUCUAUACCUUUAGAGGUUUGCUCCUUCUCUAUCCAGCCACUGCUUCCUUGCCGACACUUCACGCCCUAGUUAUCAACAAUUGUCGGAGGGUCUACCUUCCGUUUCAGUAAAAAGUCCAGCAAACGAUGCUCGAACCGUCGUAUCUAGUUCAAUAUUC